AUGGCGUGGAGGGAGGGCGACUUGGACCUGGUGCUGAUCCCGCUGGGGCUAUUCGCCCUCAUCGCCUACCACAUGUGGCUCUGGCACGCCACCCGGCGCUGCCCGCUCGGCUCCACCAUCGGAGUAAACGCCGCCGCCCGCCGCAUCUGGGUGUUUGGCAUGAUGACGGACAAUGACAAGAAGGCGGUGCUGGUGGUGCAGUCCAUCCGGAACGUGCUCAUGGGCUCCACGCUAGUAGCCACAACGUCCGUCCUCUUCAGCACCGGCGUGGCCGCUGUGCUGAGCAGCACCUACGCCAUCAAGCAGCCCAUCAACGACGCCACCUUCGGCGCGCACGGCGAGUACGUGACGGCGCUCAAGUUCGUGGCCCUCCUCACCGCCUUCCUCCUCUCCUUCCUCUGCCACACCCUCGCCAUCUGCUCCCUCAACCAGGCCACCUUCCUCGUCAACGCCCUCUCCCAGCUCUUCGUCCUCCCCUCCGACGGUAGCGCUUUUGACAGCCAGCACCCGCCGGUGACCAAGGACUACAUCGUCAAGGUGCUGGACAGAGGAUUCAUGCUCAACUUCAUGGGGAACAGGUUCUUCUACGGCGGCAUUCCCCUCGUGCUCUGGAUCUUUGGGCCGGUGCUGGCGUGCCUGUCCUCAAUGCUCAUCAUCCCGAUAUUGUACAACAUGGACAUGGUGUACAUCGAGAAACCAAAAGGCUCCAAGGUCAAUGGCAACGUAGAGAUGCUCACUCGUGACAGUGAUGACGGCGUGCAAGUUUGA